AUGAUUCAGCUUUCGGAUGAGCCUCUGCCUACGAGGACUGAAUGCGACGACGAUCUCGCCAAUCGCAUUACUUAUCUCCUAGGAAGAGUCAUCAAUAGAUGUCUUCUUUGUGAUGCUGUCCCUCUGGACCAAUGCGAGUGGAACGGUCUGAGAGAUCAGCUCGAGGACUGGAGGACAUCGCUUCCUUCGUCUUUCGACCCCAUCCUUACACCAGACCUUCUCCCCAAUAGCGCCUUUCCGGGUAUGUGGACGACGUCGGGCUGGCACGGGCACCACGCCACCAUUGUUUGCGCUUUGGCGCUGUCGAGUAGGUCUGCGCCUGUUUGGGUGAAUUCCUUUGGGCCUAUAGCUUUCUCGCAUACCAGCAUCAACAGGCAGUACUAUAAGAACCCCGUCUUCCAGCACUACUUUCUUGCUCGAGACAUUCAUCCGACAACAUCGACAACACCGACAACGACAACGACAACGACUACAACUACGACUACAACUAAUAACAUGACGAUCAGACACGUUUCCUUUAACGACAUGACCCUCGAAGACAUGUUGAUCAACGACCUUCUCAACAGCAAUAUCAUCCUCAGAAAUAAGAUCGCUGACGACCUCACCAGCUUGGACAUAGCAAUUGAAGACACGGCCAUCAACGAUUUUGCCGACAGCAGCAUCGACGUUAAAAGCAUAGUCAUCGACGAACUGUCCACUAUGAACAUGAUCCUCACAGAGCUCGCCAGCACAAUUAGACCCUUGAAAAAAUGGUCAGGAAUGACCUCGUCAGCAGCAACAUCAUCAACAGCAACUUCAACUUCACCAGCGUGGUCAUUGAUUACUCCUACGGAGACACCGCCCUCAGAGAACGACGAAGAGGACCCCGACUGGCCCUUUGUCGCACGAAAGGGUACCCUCCCUCCUUCGCCUCCUUUACGACAGAGGGUUCCAACUCCGGAUGAGGUCACCGAAGAGUUCCUCUCUCAUACACUCUAUCCAUUGUUUGGCCUAUCUCGUCAUCCAAAUCCACGUGGGGUGUGGACCCUCGAACAGAACGAAAAGGCCCCCAUCCCCAUCAGCCUCGACAAGAAAGACCCGCAACUCCUCGACCACGAAACCUCCUGCAAACGAAUCCGAGCAAUCCUAAAUCACUGCUAUGUGGAGGAGCUCGGCUAUCGCAAACAGAAUCCCGCCAAACGGUCCUCAGCAGUUCUUUCUAUUCCUCGGUGUGGAGGCUUUGAACAAGAAGUUGAGUCAUUGGGUGUCAGAUUCCCGAUCGAAGGGAAGCUUGAUUUUGUUGUAAACAACGCCACGGAGCCUGGAAACGGCAUUGGUGUUGUCAUUUGUGUCAAUCUGUGCCCGUCAGCCAACCUCUGGCAGUGCAUCUCAUUCAUGGCACUCUGCCAUAACGUUCGAAAGAUUGAAAACAAACGACUCACCUCGGUGUAUGGCGUGGCGACCAACGGAAAAGAAUUCUACUUCCUCGAGAUCGACGACAACGAUAUGGUACGGCACCGAUUUCCCGCGCAUCAGCAUGAAUAG